AUGCCGUCUGCUUGGUUGCCUUUUGCAGAGGUGGUUCAGCUGAGCYUGCCCGAGGAGCAGAGGGUCAGCGUCAGCACCGUCACCGUGGGCCUCAGCACCGUGCUCACGUGCGGCGUGCGCGGAGCCCUGCGGCCGCCCAUCAUCUGGAAGCGCAACGGGGUCGUCCUCAACUUCCUCGACUUGGAAGACAUCAACGAUUUUGGAGAGGACGAUUCCCUCUACAUCGCCAAGGUAACGACCAUUCACAUGGGCAAUUACACCUGCCAUGCCUACGGCUACGACGAGCUGUGUCAGACCCACGUCCUGCAGGUGAAUGUGCCGCCCGUGAUCCGCGUGUACCCCGAGACGCAGGCGCAGGAGCCCGGCGUGGCGGCCAGCCUGCGGUGCCACGCCGAGGGCAUCCCCAAUCCCCGCAUCUCCUGGCUCAAGAACGGCGUGGACAUCCCGCCCAAGCUCUCCAAGCAGCUCGCGCUCUUAGCCAAUGGAAGUGAGCUUCAUAUCAGUAGCGUUCGGUACGAAGACACGGGCGCCUACACCUGCAUUGCCAAAAACGAAGUGGGAGUGGACGAGGACAUAUCUUCACUCUUCAUAGAGGACUCUGCAAGAAAGACCCUUGCAAACAUACUGUGGCGAGAGGAAGGCCUCAGCGUUGGGAACGUCUUCUACGUCUUCUCCGACGAUGGGAUCACGGUCCUGCAGCCCAAUGAAUGUGAGAUCCRGAGGCACAUCCGGCCGGAUGAGAGGAUUUUCACCAGUUACGAAGAGAUCUGCCCCAGAGGUGAAGGGGAGGAUGCUCAGUCCUGCCUCUGGGCCUCUGCAGUGAACGUCAGAGACAAGUACAUCUAUGCAGCACAGCCGAGGCAGAACAGAGUAGUGAUCAUUGAUACCCAGUCGCAGAAAGCYGUGCAGUCCUUGGAUGUUGACCCGUUACCAGCCAAACUGCAUUAUGACAAGUCCCACGACCAAGUGUGGGUGCUUAGCUGGGGAGAUAUGCAGAAGUCCUCGCCAACACUGCAGGUAGCAAACUGGUGGUGGGCUGAUUUCAAGUAA